AUUUAAAAAAAAGGGCCAUUUUUUAAAUAUUUUAAUGUGCACGGUUCAUCGGUUCAACAUCAAAAAACGUAUAUAAACAGGAAUACUGAUUUUCAAGUUGCAUAUUCAAUUCUUAUAAUUAGGAAUUUUUUUUUUUACGCCUCAAAUUUAGAAGAAAAAUUUUUCUUCUUCGAAACUUCUAAUUAUGUCAUAUUCAUCAAAGUUUUUACCUUCUUACAAGACCAUUUUUGUUGAUUCUACUGAUGAUAUUCAACUAGAACUCCUAUACAGUAUAGGAAGGAAUAAGAUACAACACGUAAACUUGCCACCAUUAUUAUUUAUUCACGGUUCAUAUCACGCGGCUUGGUGUUGGGAAAACUUUCUCGGAUGGUUUGCUGGUAGGGGCUUUGACUGUUUUGCUGUGAGUUUACGUGGACAUGGCAACAGUACAAGGGUAAAAAAUAAAGCUACAACGUGGACCUUGGAGCAAUAUGUUGAAGAUGUUUCGUCAGUAGUUGACUUUUUACGUACAAACACUUCAUUGAAACCAAUUAUAAUCGGUCACGCAAUGGGUGGAGCUAUAUGUCAAAAAUAUUUAGAAACUUCAUUUGAUAAGAUAACUUCAUGCGUUUUGCUUUGUUCAGUUCCUCCAACCGGUUCAGUCUAUUCGUUUUCACAUUGGUUUUCGAGAACUCCUGCAGCACUCUUUACUUUACUACUUCAAAGUUCCUACCUUUUAAUCUCGACUCCAGAAAGAGUUCAGAAAUCCUUCUUUUCACCAAACCUUCCGCAGGAUUUACUCAACCAAUAUCACUCUAAAUUAGAACCAACCGUUAAUACAAAAUUAAAUUUACAAACAUUGACAACUUUCGUUGACAAAAAGAAAAUUAUGAGUCAAAAAGACUUCUCAAAAUCGAUGAUUAUAAUUGGCGGCGAAAAAGAUUGUAUUAUACCAGUUGAUAUGGUGGAAGAAUCAGGUAAAACGUACGGCGGGAUUAAAGUUAAUAUUGUGAGAGAUGUCGCUCAUGAUGUGAUGUUGGAAGUAAAAUGGGAAGAUGUUGCUUUAGUAAUUUUAAUGAGAAUUCAAGAAAAAUUAUUUGAACAAUGUGCUAAGUUAUAUUAAUGCUGUAACAACAAGUAAUAAUAUAAUCUUGGUGAUCUGAUGAAAAACAUCAUUUUUUUCAAAGUGAUAUUUAUGUAAGAUUAGUUGUAUAAAAAAUCAUUGGGUAAAUAGAUUGUUUAGAUUGUAAAUUAGUAAAUAUGGCGUGAAUAAUAAUAUCGUCAAACAUUUUAAGUUAUUAUCAUUAAUUAUAUGUUACAAGCUAAACGGGUGAUUAAAAAUCAUACAUUGUACAUUAAAUUUAUUUUAUAUAUCCUACUCCCGAUUGUAAAUAUUGUAAAAAAGUAAAAAAAAAAAGGAAAACUCUUAAA